UGCUCCAUGGUGGAGAUAUACAGUGCAUCCACGUUCUUGAAAAUCGACGAGUUGCUGGAAAUCGCCUUCGUUUGUUUCAAUAAGAGCAGUGUGUCCGGUAGCCUGGCUUUUGGACUGUUCUUGGAGGCCCAGAAGUUUGAGAUUCGCAUGUUCCAGUUCCUGAUGCUGUCCCGCAUCGAGGAGUUCUUUCUGCCCUUGGUGGCCUCCAAGGAGUUUGUGCAACUGGACUUUUACUGGGUGCGGAAGCUCCUUAGCAUUCACAGUAUAGGCGUGAACAGUGAAAUUGAGAUCUUUAUGACUGCAGUUCGCUGGCUAAGUUAUGACUGGGACUCUCGGAAGGUUUUGAUGGAGAAGAUAAUGGGCUGUGUCCGCUUCUGCCUGCUGCCAGCGCUCUUCCUUAGGUUUUUGCAGGGCGAACAAAAGACCCUGGUACUGAAAAGCAUUUGCUCGAGUCCCAAAAUUCGGGAAAAAGUCAACAAGGCCUUUGUGUACACCUCCACCGAACUCUGCGACCUGACGCAACGCAUCUCCAGCCUGGUCAAGGAGUUCGAUCCCCCGGAGCAGCGCAAGUGGAUCUUCGACAAGCGGUGCUCGUACCAUCGCAAACCAGGCGGAAACCAGGGGCAGUUCUUCACCUACCAGCAGUUCCUCAACUAUCUGGAGUCGCUCCACGAUUCAGUGCCCGAUCACGGCUCCUAGGUCAUCGGGGUCUUAGCCAAAUCCACAGCCAACUCCAAAUCCCCCAGCAAGCCCAAAAACGCAAUGUGAAAGCCAGAAGGAAGUGUGCCGCAAUGUUUGGCCAGUCGCCGUUUUCAAUGAGGCACCUCUAAAAAGCCAACUUUUGUUUGCCAUGCGAUUAUAAUGCCUGCUUUUGGCUUUGGCUGUGGGCCACAGAGUCAACUGAGAUUUGGCAACCAGAAAGACAACAGGCAGCUUAGCGAGUUUACUUAACAAUGGCAAACGACGCUGGCGGAUUAAAGUGGAGUGUCUUUAUAACUAAUUAGGUAAUAGUUGGG